UCGCAUGCACAGUGUAGAGGCAAGAUAAGCGAUGUAAAGUACCGACCGGGACUACUUGCCUUGCUUAUCGCACGUCUCAUGAUGAACUUGUCGUUGCUUGACACACGUGAUGGGCACCGGCUGGAUAGAACAGCCUGUUGCGGUCCAGUGGCUUGGUGUGAGGUCGUGCGGGAAUCAAGUUGUGAUUGUACUUUGUUUAUUGAGCUUUUGUACACAAUACCAUUCCAGUUUCGCCAGUUAUGUAUCGACUGUGUUGUUAGUCGCCCGAAAUAGGCUAGACAAAGGUCAACGGGCGACAGGUAGAGCCAAGUCUAACACAUCGAUUGUUUAGAUCCUUAGUUCCUAUCCGAAUAAUGUUACGUAGUCAGGAUCAAUUGAAGAAGUGUAGGAACGCGGAUUCAGACUGCAA